AGUGCACUUCAAGAUAUUUAAGAUAUUUGAAUUAUACCAAAAAAAAGGAAUCUUUUGAAACCUCUCAUGUAAUUUUAAUAAUUUUAAGAACCGAGAUGAGGUUAAAAAGAAAAGUUUAGGGAAAAAUACUACACAAAAAAUGUGAGUGAUAGGACAUUGUCUUUCUCUUAUGAUUAUCUGAUGUUGUAGGGAUGCAGUUAUGAGCCUUUGUAUCAGUUGUAGACCAGUUUACUGGGGCUGAUUCUGAGUUGUGGUUCAUCACAUCUUGUGACAUGUCAGCUUUAGACAGCUAAUCAGUGAAGAAAAUCACUGACCUGUGGUGUAUUUCAGAGUACAUUUAGAGAACAUGUUGAGAUUAUUUCUGCUGCUGUUGUGUAAUCUGUCACUUCCUUUUCAGCUUUAACCAAUUCCUGUACUUAUUUGUCUAAACCUGUGGCAUUUUAAAGACAAUCAUUUUAAACUAAAUUUUGACAUGUAGAUGCAGUUUUAUCAAUCAAUCAUUUUAGAGGCCAGAUGAAGUUAAAAAACAAACAACCCCAGAACAUUUUAGUACUUUCUUUCUCUCCUCUCAGAUUCAUCUGGUGACCCGUUGUAGGGAUGUUUGGGUUGGGUCAGCUCCAGUUAGAAGCCUUUGGACCAGUUUUACAUUUCCUGGGGCUGAUUCUGAGCCCUGAGUAUUGCAAAAUGUCACAUCUACCUCUGAUGACUUCUAGAUAACUGUGGUUUAUUUUAGUCUACAUUAAGUGUAGAUGUUGAGAUUAUUUCUGCUGCUGCUGUGACGAUCUUUCACUUCCCUUUCAGCUUUAACUAAUUCCUGUAUGCAGACAGAUGAUGUUCAAACUGUUUUCUAACAUUUCAAAGAUCAUUGUUUGGGUUCAACUCUCUCAGAACAUCCAGAAACAUGGGUGACCUUAGAGGAGUGGGAGUGACCCCGUCCUUCAACCAGUCCUCAGUAUCCAACAAUUCGACUCCCUGUGAACAGGUGGACACCUCAGGCCAUGUCUUCUUCAUGGUGAUCUACAGUCUGAUGUUUGUGGUUGGUUUGAUCCUCAAUGGUUUCACCCUGAAGGUUUACUUCUGCCGACCUCAGCAGCUGACGACCAGCAGUAUGACCAUCUACCUGAAGAACCUGGCAGCUGCCGACUUCCUGAUCAUCCUCUGUCUCCCCAUCCGAAUAGCCGACUACGUCAGCAGCUCCAUCUACAUACACCAGGUCUUCUGCAGCUUUGGUGUUGCCACCUUCUAUAUGAACAUGUACGCCAGCAUCAUGUUCAUGGGCUACAUCGCAGCUAACAGGUAUCUGAAGAUCGUCCAUCCUUUAGGAACUCACAUCUUGCAGAAAGUGCGACCUGCCCACAUCAUCUCCACAGUAACCUGGGUUUUCCUCUUGGCCAUGACGAUUACCACCAAUAUCCUGUUGUUCCUCAUGCAGAACAAAGAAUUGACUUCUGUUCACAACAUAAGGACCUGUAAAGACCUGUACAGUGACCAGUUCAGUCUGUUCAACAAAAUCGCUCACUUUGGCUGUGCUGCCAUCUUCCUGUUCGUCCUCGCCUCCCUGGUCUUCUUCUACUACAGCACCUCCCGCAGGCUGUCGCUGGCACAGCAGAGGCAGCCAGCGUCCUCCAGCAACAAGAAGCUCGCCAAGUCCCGCAGGAACAUGUUGGUGCUGGUCAGCGUCUUCUGUGUUUGUUUUGUCCCUUAUCACCUGGUUCGUCUUCCCCACACUUUCCUGAGGAGCCAAUGUUCAUUGAGCCAGGUGUUGUUCUACCUGAAGGAGUUGACCAUCAUGGUGUCAGCUUUCAACGUCUGUCUGGACCCUCUCAUCUAUUUCAUCUUCUGCAAGGCCUUCAGGGCCCAGCUGGGCUCGAGGAAGUUGUUCAGGACCACACAGGUCCCAAUGAAUGAAGGAAACAACAAGGAUGAACAGCGACGAGCAGACGAGUGCUGUCAAAAUCAACAGGAGGACAUUGAAGCAGAAAGUUCUUCUGUAGCUUCAGGCUAGCAGACACCAACGCCCAAUACAACACAAUAUCAACUCUUUUCUGGAGUUUACCUGUACCACAAUCAUUCCAGGGCAUGGACUUAUUAAUACUCUUGACUUUGCAUUUCAAUUAUAUA